AUGGAUGAAUCCAUCAUUGAUGUCGCCGACUUCAGGUCCAGUCGCGUCGGCUGGGACCGCCUGGAGUCGCGCGUGUUACAGAGCAAUCCCAGGGGCUCCGGUCCCUAUGGCCCGCUAACCGUCAGCCAUGCGGGCCGGCACCGCCAACGACUGCCGAGCCUUGCUUCGAUUGGUGGCCCCAAGAUUUCUGUGGGGUCGAAUCUCGAAUCCGCGCCGGACAAGGUCCUGUCCAGUCCCAGACUCACUCCUGAUACUUCGUCUACGAGGAUUAUCUAUCCAUCUGCUGUCGCUUCAACCGUUGACUACAACCUGUCCUGCCCGUCUUCGAUAGCCAGACGUCCCUUGACUCUGUGCAAAGCCUGUCGACAACUGUUCUCGCCUCUACCUCAGCAGUCGCCACCCGACACUCACUUGCUUCUCACUUCAUAUCUCACGUCCGCAAGCACAGAGAGAUCAGACAUCAACAGCGCCUCGCCACACCAUCGCGAUGGCACAUGGUGUGCCAUCGCAUCUCAGCAGGCAGCUCCUGCGAGCAGCAGCACGACAGACCACCUCAACCUGGUCGUGCACUGCGCGCUGCUCUCCUACACGCCAACGUCAGCGUCAAGCAGCAUCAGCCUCAGCCUCAGCCUCAGCAUCUUCAGUGCGCUGCUUCGUGACGACUCCAGCAGCUCACUCGAAACCUCCCACAGACUCUUCGCAGACGCCGUCAAGCGCACAGCGCUGCUCGCGGCUAGCAGCGGCGUUCUCGCCUUGGCGCUGGCCUUUGUCGAGCCUGUGCCCUCGCAGCAAGACACGGGGCCUCACAAACAAGCGUCAGUCAAGGAACCCCAAGAGCCGUCGCAAACGCCUGCAGAACCAGAGGACCAGGCGAAUACCGACACGGGGCUGCCAUUCUUCCGACUCGCAGAGGUCAAGGAGCACGGUCCCAAGUCGGAGCGCCCAUGGGUCACCUACAAGGGCAAAAUCUACGACAUCACCGACUGGGUCCCGGCGCAUCCUGGAGGCGAGGUCAUCCUACGCGCUGCUGGGUCAGACAUCGAGCCAUACUGGAACAUUUUUGCCAUCCACAAGUCCCAGUACGUCCUCGACAUCCUGGAAUCCUACUGCAUCGGCCACGUCCACCCAGACGACCUCGCCAACGGCCAGGCCAGCGUGGAGGACCCGUUCCUGACAGACCCCGAACGCGACGCCCGUCUGCGCUUCCUCACACAGAAACCCUGCAACGCAGAGACGCCCGCCGACGAGCUGGCCGACUCCUUCUUCACGCCCAACGACACCUUCUACGUGCGCAACCACAUGUGGGUGCCCGUCAUCGACAACGCCCCCGACUAUGAAAUCUCCGUCGAGCUGCCCGACGGCGAGGUCAAGAGGUACACCAUUGCCGAGCUGCAGACCCGCUUCAAGCAGCACGCCGUGACCGCCGUGCUGCAGUGCUCCGGCAACCGGCGGCGUGACAUGACCGAGCACGCCAAGAAGACCAACGGUCUGCAGUGGUCCGUCGGCGCCAUCUCCUGCGCCAAGUGGGAGGGCGUGCUGCUCCGGGACGUGCUGCGCGACGCGGGUGUGUCCUUUGAGCCCGACCCGGACAUUCAGCACGUCCAGUUCUCCGGCGAUGAGGCCUACGGCGCCAGCAUCCCCAUCGAGUCCGCCAUAGACCCCCGCGGCGAUGUCCUUCUCGCCUUCCGGAUGAACGACCAGCCACUGCCCCGCGACCACGGCUUCCCCGUCCGCGUCAUCGUCCCCGGCCACGUCGCCGCCCGCUGCGUCAAGUGGCUCAAGAAGAUUGUCAUUAGCGACGAGGAGUCCCAGACGAGCUGGCAGCGCCGCGACUACAAAUGCUUCGGCCCCAACGAGACCAAGCAGGACUGGGACAAGUACAAGUCCAUCCAGAAGAUGCCCAUCACCAGCGCCAUUACGCGCACCAAGAUGCGCCAGCCCGAGGAGGGCGAACCCAUGGUCUCCCUCGAGGGAUACGCCUACUCGGGCGGCGGCCGCGAGAUCCAGCGUGUCGACGUCAGCCUCGACGGCGGCCACACCUGGGACCAGGCCCGCCUGCUGCAGGACGACAUGAAGCUCGAGCACGGCCACCAGGCGUGGUGCUGGAAGCGCUGGCGCUACGAGGGCCACCUGCCCGCCGAGGACGGGGUGGCCGACGCUGAGAGCAACAACAACAACCACCACCACCACAACAAGGAGCGCAAGGCCACUUUUGUGGUCAAGGCCACGGAUGAUGCGUACAACACCCAGCCCCAGACGUACGAGAGCAUCUACAACCUCCGCGGCAACCUCGCCACGGCCUGGCACAGGGUCGACUACGAGGUCAAGGACGAGGGGAAGCACAGCAAGGCCGUGAUGAAGGCCGAGACUACAUGA